ACUACCAAAAGAGAGAGCGGAUAGCCUGCCCUAAUGUGUUUUUUCUUUACCCCUGGGCCUGAAAAACGUUUUGAAUAUUCUCAACAUUUUUGCGGCAGACGAGGACCGUAGGCUAAACAACAUUCCUGGACGUGCUAUUCUCUCCACUCCAAGUCAUGAUCAGCUCAAUGUGUGUGUCCUCUCAGGGCCAUACUUUGGCCCACGCCAUGGCCUCAUCGAAAACACAUCUAAGGGAAGACUGGGACAGAAAAGGGGAUGUCACAAAAAAGGUUGUGAUCAACGUUGGUGGCAUGCGUCAUGAAACUUACAUGGGCACUCUCAAGAGCUUGCCCGGGACCCGUUUGGCUAAACUGAUGGACCAUGACCUCACUGAAUUCUUCUUCGACAGACAUCCAGGUGUUUUCUCCAAUGUUCUGAAUUAUUACAGAACCGGUAAGCUUCACUGUCCAACAGAUGUCUGUGGUCCGCUUUUUGAAGAGGAGUUGGCUUUUUGGGAGGUCGACGAGGCAGAAGUGGAACCUUGCUGCUGGAUAACAUUCCGCCAACAUAGGGAUGCCGAAGAGGCCCUUGCAGCAUUCGGGCCAUCUGACUCAAAUGUGCGCCACAAUGAAGAGUUUCCAGAUCAAUUCGAUGUUGAAGACAACCAACCAAAUUCUCAGAGCUGCUUCAAAAGGUGGAAACCAAAAAUAUGGGCUCUAUUUGACAACCCAUUCUCGUCUAUGGCUGCCAAGGUCAUUGUGUUUGUUUCCCUCUUCUUCAUCCUCCUCUCCAUCACAGCUUUCUGUCUGGAGACACAUCCGAACUUCCACACGAUGGAGAACCGCACAAAGCUAGUCUUGGAGGGGAACCACACCGAAGAGGUGACAUACUAUGUGAUGGUGAACAAUCCUGCUCUGACCAUGGUGGAGGGCGUCUGUGUGGUGUGGUUCAUCUUUGAGUUCCUGGUCCGUUUCACCUGCUGCCCCAACAUGCUGGUGUUUGUAAAGAACAUACUGAACACCAUUGACUUUGUAGCCAUCCUGCCCUUCUUCCUGGAGGUGGGGCUGAGUGGUAAUGCCCUGGGCUUCCUGCGUGUGCUGAGCUUUCUGAGGAUCCUGAGGAUCUUUAAGCUGACACGCCACAUGGUGGGCAUGCGUGUGUUAGUCUACACACUAAAGGCCAGCGUUCAAGAGUUCUGCCUCCUCGCUGUCUCCCUCUCUAUUGGAAUCCUCAUCUUCAGCACCCUGCUCUACUACGCAGAGCACCUAGAGGCUGACCAUGAUGAAUAUUAUAUCAGUAACAUCCCCAAGGGCUUCUGGUGGGCGGUGGUUACCAUGACAACCGUGGGCUAUGGGGACAUUUUCCCCAUAACCUAUUCUGGCAAGGUAAUUGGAGCCCUAUGUGCUCUGGCAGGUAUUCUGACCAUAGCAAUGCCUGUCUCAGUCAUAGUCAAUAACUUCCGCCUGUACUACUCCCUGGCCAUGGCCCAACAGAAACUCCCAAAGAAGAAGAAGAGGCAACACCUGCCCUGUCUGGAGCACUCAGCCAGCCUUCUCCAAGAGGGGAGCAGCCAGAACGAUGGCUGUUAUAAGGAGAACAAGGAGAGGUCAUGUUCAGGUAAGGCAGUCAAGUCCCAGUCCACUGGGAUGCCAAAUAUUAUGUAAUAUAUCCCUAUUAUCGCUGCUCAGAAAAUAAGCUUUCACUUUUAGAGUCCAAUGCGCAUUUGAUUGAAUCCCGGUCUUAGUCUGGCUAUGUGACCCUGGAGAUAAAGACUGGAUCCUGGUUUUACCAUGACACCGGAUUUGGACAUAUUACUGUACUGUAGCUAUAUUAUCGCCAACCAUGAAUAACAUUAUAACAUUUUACAUUUGAUCAUCUUUAUCUUAACUAGCAGUCCAUCAUAUGGGCAAAGGACUACUAAUAUUAUUACUAUUUUUUUUUUAUUACUUCAUGUGUAUUCAAGGCGCUACAUAUUCAAGUUUAAGUCAAGAAAUGUACUGUAGUUAUACUCAUUUAUAUGUUACAGAAGUUGAGCAUUGAUUUAGACAUGAUGUAAAUCUGCCAAACAGAGUCGUGGUAGGCCUAAAGGAAUUUGAUUUUGAAACUGAGUAUUAAGAUUGUUGUGUGAGUUCCAUCCAUAUGUCACCUUUCUUUUUCUAUAUGUGAAACGAUGAGCUUACAAAAUGCUAUUUUGUAAUUGGAUAAAUAUUUGCCUGGUUACUUUUUAUUAAUGAUUUGUUAUGUUCUCUGUUUGGGUGAAAGCGUAGCAUUGUUGUUGAUAUUCAUAACAACAUGUUGCCAAGUCUGUAAUAAUCAUAAGGAUGUACGGUUAAUCAGGAGAAAUAUAAACAGAUGAAAUGUAUUCUCUUUCAUAUAAAACAUGCAAACCUCUAACAAUAUUAACACAACAGAUUAAAACGUCUAAUAGAAAUGUC